AUGGCCCUAGGCGAAGGAGAGAUCAGCUCAACCCUGGAGCUGUUGGAGCCGGCGGCGAGAUCCUUCCUCGUGCGGCAGUUGGCAAACCUGCCGGCGCAUCGGGGGGACCGGAAGAGAGAGCGGGUGCGGGCGCCCAUAGUGAAGGUCCGAGAGAGGGCCUUGUGGGUGAACGGCAAGCCACUGCAGGGGAGCGCGAUCCUGGAUUCAGGGGCAAUGCCCCUGCUGAUCGGGCGCCCGGGGCUCAUCCAACUGGGACUGAGCGCAGAAGACGUCACCCCCAACGCAGUGCGGUUGGGCCUAGCAGACGGCAAGUCCACCCGGCUGUUUGGCGUCACCCAACAACCCAUCAAGUUCACGUUUAACCCGGGGAAAGCGACAGAGACGGAGAUCUCGGUCCGGGCGGUAGUGACGCAGGCGCCCUACGACUUUCUCGUGGGCAACGUCGUGCUGUGGGUCAUUGGGGGAGUCAUUGACAGUUGGCGGGAGCAGUUCCGGUAUCAGUCGGAUGAUGAAAUGCUCUCGUUAAUUGACGAUGGGUCUGACGACAAUUCCGACUUGGCACCCACUGUGCUACCCUUCCCCAUCCUCCCGGCGGCAGUAGAGAGGGAGCGCCUCCGACGAGAAGGAGAGGCGAACCACGGAGGGGUCGAGAUCCGGGGACCGAGACUGGCGGAGAGACUUAAUCGCUACAGAGAGCUCCUUGGACUGGCGCCCGGGGAGUACGCGCGACGCUGGGCUGAGGAAGGCCCGGCCAUAGAGGAGCCAGAGGUCCCUGAGCCCGGCCUAAAGGGGGUUAACCUGAAGGGCAUUAACCGGGUCAACCCAAUCCCUGCCGGCGAACCGGAGAGGGACUUCAAGCCCGAAGAGGCGGCCCGGAGGCUGGACACCGAGACUACGGCGGCCCACAACGCCGCCACCGGGACCAGGCACGUAGACUACCCGUGGGAUCCCGUGUUAAGAUCCUAG